CACGAACUUUGAGCAGACAGUUACCAUGUCUCUUGCGGAUAGAUUCGCCCAGUACGGAGCUUGUGACGUCUCCGACGCUUUGCUGAAGCUGAAAGUACCGAAUGCCGGACUUCUUCCUGAUAUCGUGAUGUUUUCGCCUGAGAGACAAGCAGGCUCAACUAAAAUCGUAGGGGAGGCCUACACGGUGAAGAUGGUGUCGAAAGAAGAAACUGAUGCGCCGAAGCUGAAUAUUCCAGGACACUAUAUUGACACGGUACCCGCCAACUCAGUCCUCUUCAUCUCAGCUCCUCGCAACCAAGUAAACGCAGCAUUCGGUGGCAUCAUGGGUGCACGAGCCCAGUAUCUCGGUGCGGUAGGUGCAGUCAUCGAUGGACGGAUACGAGAUGUCUCCGAGCACCAAUCACUCGGUUUCCCUGUGUUCUCACGGGGUACCUCUACUAUCGGUACUGGAGACCAGUGCAAACCGAGUGAACUUGAUGUUCCGCUGUGUUUGAACGCGUCCGGGAGUAACGGAAAGGAUGUGUGGAUUAACCCCGGAGACGUGAUUGUCGCUGAUUUGGAUGGGGUAGUGUGUUGUCCGAAGGAGAAGGUUGAAGAAGUUCUGGAACUGAUGCCGAAGCUUACGGCAGCAGAUAAUAAGGUGAUGGAGGAUGUUAAGAAUGGAAUGAGUGUUGCUGAGGCGUUCAAGAGGCAUCGCGGGAAGCUAUGAGGACGGAUACUGAUCGGGCGGCGUUUAUUAUGGCUCACUACCCCGUUGAUAGCUCGACGGUCCAGGCAGAUGCUGGUAGCGAAGAAGAAUAACAAUAACUUUCCUCUACCC